UGACGGGGAAAGCAAGCUGUAACUGGGAGCUAAUGGGUCAGGGCGAUCGGGAAGGAAAACAGAACUUCGGAAUUAAAGUUUACACCUCACUCAAACAACACGUUUAUCUGCAUGCAAAUUAAUAACAUUGUCACAGGUUUACAGCUAAUAAUGCGCUGAAAUUGGAAGUGAAGGAGAAACGUAGAAAAUCUCUGCAAGCGAGAACAAGAAGAUAGACAGUGAGUGAGUUCGGCUUGUGGGAAAGUGAUGACUGAUAGAGAGAAGCUAAUGGAUAGCUAGCUAGCGGUACCCGAAGUGUUUUAGUAUCCAUUCAUCCUGCGAAAAUAAUCUGAGGGAAAGCACAUCAAACGGAGACGUGUGAUCAUUUGGUAGUAAUCUGAAACUUUACAGACAGAACCAGGGACAGAAGCAGGGCGGUGAUGCAAGCGCAGUGAUGGAGCGGGGCGAGCUCUAGCGGCCGCACACGGAGCCAUGGCGGGGGCUCGGCCAGCCACUUUGGGAAGUAGGGAGGAGCAGGAUCUGGGAACGGGGAGGGGCAUGGGGCUGGGCGUGGCGGAGGGCGUGGCAGGGCCCCAUGGGGACCACGGCAGGGUGUCGCCCCAGCAGGGAGUGGCCUCGCCCCGGGACGCUGCGGCGUUCGGGGAGCUGGACCCCUCAGGCCUUCUGGAGCUGGGCUCGGCAGAGGAGGGGCGCAGCGGGGCGCUGGGCGGAACGGGGGUGGAGCCGUCCGUUCAGGGGCAGGCCUGGAACGUGAGCUCUAAGGAUGGGGACAGAGUGGAGGCGGAGGGGGAGGCGGAGCCCGGCCCUCCGGAGGGCAACGCCCACAGCACACCGGGCACAGAGAGUCCUGCCCCUGCUGGCAGCUACACAGAUCUGUGUCAGACCUCCUCGCCCUCUCUGUCGGACCAGCUGCGGUUGGGGCGGGACGAUGCUGCGGGUGCGGGGAUCAACGUGGAGUGCCGAAUCUGCGGGGACAAGGCCUCAGGAUUCCAUUACGGUGUACAUGCCUGUGAGGGCUGCAAGGGGUUUUUUCGGCGGACCAUCCAGAUGAAGCUGGAAUACGAGCGCUGUGAGCGGAGCUGCAAGGUCCAGAAGAAGAGCAGGAACAAGUGCCAGUACUGCCGCUUCCAGAAGUGCCUGCGGCAGGGCAUGUCCCAUGACGCAAUUCGGUACGGCCGCAUGCCAGAGGCCGAGAAGAGAAAGCUGGUGGCAGGGCUGCUGGCUGGAGACACCAGCGGUCAGAGCCCUGGAGGCUCCGACCUCAAGUCCUUGGCCAAGCAAGUAAACAACGCCUACCUGAAGAACCUCAACAUGACCAAGAAGAAGGCCCGCAGCAUCCUGACUGGAAAGACCAGCUCCUCUUCGCCCUUUGUGAUCCAUGACAUGGACUCACUGUGGCAGGCAGAGAACGGGCUGGUGUGGAGUCAGCUCAUCAAUGGGGCGCCCCCCAAUAAAGAGAUUGGGGUGCAUGUGUUCUACCGCUGCCAGUGCACCACCGUGGAGACAGUGCGUGAGCUCACCGAGUUCGCCAAGAACAUCCCCGGCUUCAUCGACCUCUUCCUCAACGACCAGGUGACGCUGCUGAAGUACGGCGUGCACGAGGCCAUCUUCGCCAUGCUGCCGUCGCUCAUGAACAAGGACGGGCUGCUGGUGGCCAACGGGAAGGGCUUCGUGACGCGUGAGUUCCUGCGCAGCCUGCGCCGGCCCUUCAGCGACAUCAUGGAGCCCAAGUUCGAGUUCGCUGUCAAGUUCAACGCCCUGGAGCUGGACGACAGCGACCUGGCCCUGUUCGUGGCUGCCAUCAUCCUCUGUGGAGACCGUCCAGGCCUGAUGAAUGUGAAGCAGGUGGAGGAGAUCCAGGACAGCAUCCUGCAGGCGUUAGACCAGCACCUGCAGGCCAACCACUCGGACUCUGUGCACCUGUUUCCUAAGCUGCUGCAGAAGAUGGCCGACCUGCGUCAGCUCGUGACUGAAAAUGCACAGCUGGUACAGAAGAUUAAGAAGACUGAGGCUGAGACCUCACUGCACCCUCUACUGCAGGAGAUUUACAAGGAUAUGUACUAGACCUAACUUCAUCUAAAGACUGGAGAAAGUUAUAUGCUAUUUUUGAAUAUUUUAUUUAUAUUAUAUACACAUUUGUGUGUAUGGGUGUGCGUGUUUCACAGAGCCAGUGACUGAGGUCUGGCCCGAGAUGAGACUGAUGCAGCAUUAGUCUCCUUUUGGGAGACGAGUAGAAUGACUCCUUCCACCUGCUGCUUGCCUUUUUUUACACAGAUACAUGACUAUUUUUACAAGUGAUUUUUAUAGACCACCUCAUAAGGAGUUUUUACAGUAUUUCACUCGCAGCCUCUGUACAGAAUUUUACUGCUGUGAGUAGCAUGUUUGCAGAUGGGUCUGCUGAUGUUGCAGGAUAUUUAUAGGUCUACAAGUGGAGGAUGAAGUUACAGAUCACGUCCAGGUGAAUAAGCAAAGGAGUGUUACUGUGGUGAUAAAAUGCCCCAGAGCGUGCGUGCGGAUGUGUGUCCACGCAUGCGGGCAAGUGCAGUGAGAUGGCUGUGAAGGAGAGCUCUGGUGCUGAUUUACAGCAUACAGCUUGUCUGUCCCCUCCUCUGUCUCCAUCCUGAAGUAAAAAAAAAAAGAUCAUGAAGUAAUGAAGGUAAUAUUGAUCCACAGCAAGCAAAUUGAUCUUUUCAGAUUCUGAAAAGAUCAUUGUGAAAGAAGCACCCCCUCUUACCCCAUGUAAAGGUCUUUCUCUCUGAGCAGAACGGAUGCUGGCUGCAGUUUCAGAUUCAGGCAGGUGUCCCCUGCACUACUAAAUGGGACCUUUCUACACGUCCCAACUCACACUGAUUGCUUUUUCUCACCACAUACUGUUGUAUACUUUUACUCAUGACAGUAUAAACCUUAGAAAUGUUUAUGGAAACCUAGAUAUAUUUUUGUUGCCUAGAUUUACUCUGGGCAAAAGAACUGCCCUUUACAUGAAAGCUCCAAAUGAAUGGCAUUAUCAGACACUUCUACUGUGCCCUCAGAUUUAAUCAACAUUGGUAUAAUUUAAACCUGGGGCCCCCAGAUAUAGUCAGCAUUCAUACAAUCCAAACGUGUAUUUUCAACAGUAAUGAGAGUAUAAAUGGUAAGGACACUGUCAGCACUGUAUGCUGUGAGUUAAGCUAAAGCUGCCAAACAGCCUUUUUCAGUUUAAAGUGAACCUGUAAAACAGUAGUUGUCUUAUUUAUUGGUCUCUGAUUAAGUUAACCGAAACCGUUUUCCAUGUCAGUGUUCUUUCUCUGUAUGUUUGACGCUGUGUGGAUGAGCUGUGACGCUCCAUUAUGGUGAAUGCAGAGCAUAUACUGUCACCCAGACAAAGCCAGAACAUGGCUGUUCCAUUGUCCUUCCCAGGGUCUGGAUUUUAAUUAUUUCCAGUUUAACUCCUCCUCCUCUGAUUUCUUUAGCAUACACUGGUGUGUGAUUGCGGUAUGAUCAUUCAUGCAAAAAGCUUAUUCCAUUCAUGCUUGUCCACGUCAAAAUGUGACCUGGCACGGAGAGACGGCUAAUUCACAAUGUUUCUGUAACAUUGCUACAGAGUAGUCCCUUUGCCAAAAUGUGACACCAAGCUCAGAGGGAACAUUGCCUUCGCCAUCCCUGCACCCAGGCACUUAUCAGUGAAAUUUGAGGGCAGGAUUCUUGUUAUGAUGACUGUUGAGAACAUGAGGUGUGGAGAACUCCUCACAUGGCUGUGCUGUUUGAGAAGCUGCUGGCUUGAGGGCACUCAGACGGCUGGCAGAUUGGAGUGAAGAAAAAGGCCAGCUGUCCAUCCGCUUUACUGCAGUGGUCUGUGCUUUUGACAGUUCACGGGAUCGGGAUGCUGGGUCUCUUCUCUCUCUUUCUCCCGUAGACUGCAUUGGCUGGCUGAUCACUGUGCUACUGUCCUCCAAACAGGGCUCAUCUCAUAACUGACAACCCUUUCUUCCAAUGCCACCUGUGAAAUCUACCUCCUUCAGUUCUCUCCUUCUGGACAAGAUUGCAAUACUCUAGACACAGAGUGGCACUGCCCU